AUGAAGUGUGCAUCAACUAGUGGCACUAGUGGCUUGAAAGCACAUAAUCAAAGAUGUGUUGCAUUUAAGAAUCAUAUUGAUAGUGCAACUCAAAAAAAUAUAACUGUGGUUGAAAGUGCAAGUGUUGUUAAAAGUGGUAGUAGUAAUCUUGUGGCAGUGGGGUUUAAUCAAUAUGCUUGUAGAAGGGAAACUGUUAAGAUGAUUAUUUUGGAUGAAUUGCCUUUUUGUUUUGUGGAUGGAGCAGGUACUACUACUGUCAGUUAUAUGGUUAUCACUGCUCAUUAUAUUGAUGUGAACUGGAAGAUGCAUAGAAAAAUUAUUAAUUUUAAACCUAUUUCUGAUCAUAAAGGUGAGACAAUUGCAAAAGAACUUGAGAAUUGUUUGAUUGAUUGGGGUAUCAAAAAGGUUUUUACUAUCACAGUUGACAAUGCAUCUGUCAAUGAUGCAAUUAGAAUCUUGAAAAAUAAGUUGAAGUGUUGGAGAGAAGAUCCAUUGAUAUUGGGUGGAGAGUUUAUACAUGUGCGUUGUUGUGCACAUAUUUUGAAUUUGAUUGUGAAGGAUGGUUUGGCAACGGUGGGUAAUAGUGUGGUUAGUGUUCGUAAUGCAGUGAAGUAUGUAAGAUCAUCCAAUUCCAGAUUUCAAGCAUUUCGUAUAUGUUCAGAGCAAGAUAAACUAACCAGAGAGAAGGAUGAAAAUGGAAAGAGAAGGGUUGGGCCGCCAUUAUCAGAUGAUUGGGAGAAUGUUCGUCGGGUUGGGCCGCCAUUAUCAGAUGAUUGGGAGAAUGUUCGUCGAUUGGUACAGUUCUUGAAAAUCUUUUAUGAUGCAACUUUGGCUUUUUCUUCAUACAAAAAUGUGUUUUAUGAUGCAACUUUGGCUUUUUCUUCAUACAAAAAUGUGACAUCUAAUGCAACUUUGGCUUUUUCUUCAUACAAAAAUGUGACAUCUAGUCAUUGUUUCAAUGAUAUAUGCACAAUUGAAGCAAAUUUGAAUGUUUUCACUAGUAGUAGAGAUGCAAUUGAAGCAAAUUUGAAUGUUUUCACUAGUAGUAGAGAUGUCAACAUGAGUAACAUGGCUUUUGAAAUGAAGAAAAAGUUUGAUAAGUAUUGGGAAGGGCUUGAGAUAAAUAAAUUGUUGAUUAUUAGUAGUGUGUUUGAUCCAAGGAGGAAGAUGGGUUUUGUGACAAUUUGUUUUGAAAAAUUGUAUGGUAAAGAUACACCAAAAUUUAUUGAAAUGAAAGAAGCAGUAAUGGAGGUGUUGCAUAAGUUGUAUGAGGUAUACAAUGCAUUGUAUGCUAAACCAAGCGCAACUACAAAUCAAAGUGGGGUUGGACGUGGAAGUGAAAGUGGAAGUGGGAGUGGAAGUGGAAGUCAAUCUUGUGAAACUAGUGAAAUGGAAUUGUUAGAUGUUGGUGUUAAUAUCGGUUCAAACCACCGAUAG